CUGUAUCAAAAUGUGGGAUUUCAGUUUGAGAAAGACAGCACUGUGGUCCUUCACGUCAAGCGAGUCCAUGUCACUUACGAUCCGAACGAAGGUAUUGUAAGGUAUGGUUCGCGAAAUUAUGCACAGCCGGUGGGAACUGCUACGACGACUCCAGCAGGUCAAAGACAGCAACAAGAGGAACAUGCUCAGCGCCGAGUGAAUCCAGUUGAGCCCAGCACGGAAAUCUGUACCGAAGGUCGUCAUGUCUGUACACUUCCGAAUAUGCGAUGUCGACCAGUGGACCCGUCCUAUCGCUGUGAGUGCCUGCCGGGCUAUCAAGCAAAACGCGACGAGUCUUCACCACUCGGAUGGAGUUGCCAAGAUCUGAAUGAAUGCGAACGUGGAGAUCAUACAUGCGAUCACUACGCUGUCUGUCACAAUACGGACGGAUCGUUCACCUGUGAAUGUCGGCCUGGUUAUACAGGCGACGGUCAUCACUGCACCACACUGAUUGGAGACGAAUCUGAAAUGGACGUGGACACGACGAUGGAUGCAGUCGCACUUACAGAACCACUAAGAGAGACUGAACCACAGCAACGUUUAAAGCCGAUUGAUUCUGAACCUCGUCCUCAGCUACCUAAGGUUAGCAAUUUCUGGGAAUUAAGGAUUAGUCAGAAGUCAAACUUUAACUUAUGUCUUCUGAGUUCCCAAUAUUAAUU